UGCACAUUCGCGUGGGUUUUAACUCGAACGAAGCUCUCUAGUUUUGUGUCUUUUUACUUUAAUUUCGUAUUAGCUGUCUUCAUUCGGGAGUUGAUAUAGUUGAAAAAGAUUUUUCGAACAAUUUUAAACAUGAUGAAAUAAAAUUAAACAAAUUUUGAACGAGGAAAGUGUACUAAAAAAAACGAAAUCAGCAAACUGCGUACUGGCUACUUGAGUGAAAAUAUAGCCUUUAUUCCUCUGUCACUAAAUGAAACAGAGUGGAAUUUAUAAGAAAAUAGAAUUGUGUAUAUAAUCCGAAAAAGGAGAUUAAGAAGUGCAUUAUAAAAAGCCCGCGCGUGCAUAUUGAGUCAUUUUCAUCAAGAAAAUCCCGUUGGAUAGAAAGAGACCAAUCGUACUACUACUACAAACGCAGAAAUCGUGCAUUCGCGCUCGUCGGUAUCCUACAAUGACGGCGGCGACUGGAUUCAAACUUCCGGCUCAUGAUCAUUACGAUAAGCUACGAAAGGCACUUCAAUCGGGCAAUCGAUCUCAGAUUGACAAGCUGCUCGAAUCCUUGGUAAAGAUUUGUCAAAAGCAGAAUCCUUCCAAGGAAAAACAAAGAUUGGACGAUGAUCAGCUGAAUUUCUGGAUGAAUGAGUUGCUGCGGUUGUUGUUCGAUUGGGAAAAUCCAUUGACACGGGACUUGGCACUUCGCGCAUCGGAAGCCAUACUUCCACAUCUGGAACAAACUCUCUAUCUGGAAUCUCCGGCAUGGCCUGCACUAAAGACGCAAAUCAGUACCAUCUAUUCCAACCUACUCGAGCAGGCACGAGGCCGAAACGAUCCCGAAUGGCAUCGGAAAUGGUCGGUGCUCGUCCGGGUGCUGGACAAGGAAAUCUGUCAGGGAGCAGUGAUUAUCAAUGUUUUUCUGGCUAUCGUCGAAAGUGGUUUCCGGUCGUCGGAGCUACUGGUUCGUGAGCAGUCAUUCGAUUGUUGGAGGCUACUGGUGGAAAUUUUUGCAAAAUAUAACCAGAUAAGCAUUCAAAAGCGAAUAAAGUUGAUAUGCAUCCCACUGAAGAGUUCGAAAUCAAAGACGGAGGUGAUAGCGAGGAAAAAGUUUGAAAUUUGGUGGUUUUUGAUCAACAAACUGCAAAGUCAGCUGGAAACCUUUGCCGAUAACGUGUUCGAACCGUUUAUUUACUUUUGUUUUGGUCCGUCGUUCAAGACACCAUUGUGCUAUUAUUUCGACAACAGCUAUCAGGAGUUUGGUGCGCCGGGUAAAAUCUACAAUUCUAUCAAACAGUUAUCGGCCGUUGCGCUGAUCCAUAUGUUGGGUCCAGCGUCGAAAAUCACCGACACUUUGCUCCAGGAGGCUAAUGGUACCGGAAAACACGUGUUGAUCAAUUUCGAUGUGACUGAUAAACAUGCCAUCAUAUCACCUAAGCUGUUUACUUCAAAGGCGAAACUGAUAAUCAACUCCUGUACCGAGUGUACCAUGCUGUUUUCGCAGAUGAAAGAUCUGAACUAUCUGGAGUUGAAUCGGUGUCUCUGGAAAAAUCUGCUAAGCAUGGUUGAACAAGAAAAGACUAUCCCACGAUCCGAGAUGUUGGAUUGGGUGCGUGAGAAUUUAAAUGCGUUGUUGAAUUUGAGCACCCAACUGAAAGACACUGCCAUCUGUGAGUUACUUUACGAUACAACACGGAUGGUGGCGCUGACUAAUUUGACGACGGUCGUCAUUGGUCAUGAUAGUCCCGAACAGUUAGUGAGCAACUACCGAAACUUGAUGUCCCUGAUGUUCAAUGCAGAUUCUAAUUAUCCUGAGGACAUAUCGCUUACAAUUAUAUCUCACAUUUUCGACCUACGGCGAUAUGCCUCUCAACCGAACGGGUACUGGGACAUGCUUCAGAAAACAAUUCAAUACUUGGUAGACCUGGAUUCGACGCUAUUCAUCGACUCCAGCGCGAAUGCUUCCAAUCGUCGUAUAGUCACACAAAUUUAUCAGUUGAUGGCCGGUCAUCUUAAAGAACAAAUCCGAAUUAAUCGCAAACAGUGCGAACCAGCGUUGCCGAUUGCACUGAGUUUCCUGCUGUUUCCGCUGGAAUAUGAUCGAUACCUGCUGGUUGGUCAGGUGCGCGAUGAUUGGCAGCAAGUUUACGAUGAAAUUGUAUCCAAGCAGCGACACACCCGUUAUGCAUGUGCUUUUAGCGAGCUACUGAAGGCAAUGACGGUCGCCAAGUACAACGCCAAUCUGGGUGUGAUUCUGGAUUUCUUCCGGAUCGUGUUGGAUUCGGUGCCGGCUGAUUUUGAGCUUGGUCAACCACCGUUAAAAACUCUGGAACUUUUUAAGGAUCUGGUGCGGAAGGCACUGGUGUUUCAGAACAGUUUGGAGGAGGUGGGUCGAGGAGUGAAUGCCUUCCGCUUGUUGAUAGAGCGAUUAUCAAUUCGUUGUUUGCUGGUGAUCAUAAUGUCGAUUCGAAAUGUGAUUGGCGAAUUGGUCACCGGAGAAAGUGAUGAACUGGUGGAAGAUGUGCGGAAAACGUUGAAAUCUUUAGUGGAUCGAUUCGUUGCAGCUAAGUUCAUAACCGAGUUGAAGUCGCAACCGAAGGAGGUUAAGUGGAACUGCAAGAUGCUACUUUCGCAGCUUUUGGAUCUUCCCAGUGGGAUGCAGCGUCAGUGGAAAAUAGCGGAGCUGAAAAGACUUGUUGAUAUUUGCGAAGGCAAGGAACCGACCAAGGCCUCAAAAACAGUGAAGAAAGAGGGUGAUUUUGUGGUGAUCGAAAAGGUUUGGAAGUUCACACCGGAUAAACUAACGGAACAUCAGCGGGAUCGUAUGCGUGAGAAGCGCGAUGACAUUCCGGCGCUUUACAACGACAUGAGCCAGUCGCAGGACAGCUUUGUGAUUAAACCGUGGACUCCCAAUAAGAUUGUCAUACCAGCUGAUGCUCAAAAUGAUCACGAUACGAUCGUAAUGUGCGCAUCUGGAGAUUCCAAUUCUGUAACCAAUGGUGCACGGGAGGCUUUUGUCCCGAAAGAACAAGGAGCUGCUGUAGUUGAGAAGAUCAAAUUGGACAAAGAAAACAAUAAUGGCAAUGUACCAAGUGGUGCUAUCACGAAGGACCGUCCUGGUAGCUCAAGCACUUCCAAUGCAAAAAGAACUGCAGAGAAAAAAUCACGAGUUGCCAGAGAAUUAGACCAAUUGAAGAUUGAUACUAUUGAGGGUAAAAAUUUACAAGUGAGCAAAAUGCCAAGAACAAGAAGGUCGGGCAGUUUAGAGCCCACCGGUCCGACCCGGAGGAGAGUUAUUGAUUCUAAAAAAUCAUCCGACGUGACCAGUAAAACAGUUGAUAUAGAAAAUAAACGUCCGAAGCGAAAGGUGGAAAAAAUCGAAGAGAAAACUGAACCAGAAGUAGCGUCCCCCGCGAAAAAAAUAACCGAUGAAAAAACAAAAAGUCCACCAGAACGUACAUCACCCCGAAAAUCGUUGAAUUUUGAUAACGUCAUCGACAAAGAACCAACAGUUGCGACCGAAGCACCUCGGACAAGAUCUCCGGUGAAGAUCAAAGCGAAUAACGAAUCCAUGGACGAUGUGAUAGAGUCAUCACAGCAGCUAAACUCUCAGUCAUUACUAACGCGAAAAUUCAAUCCACGAAAAUCGAAGGGUGAAAUCUCAAAUGCCGACGACUGUGCCACGUUGCCAUUCGAUACGGAAGCCGAGAACGAACUGGCAAAACUGAACCAAAAGUCACCGAGUAAAGUAAAACAAGAAACAAUUCUAGUGUCCCCCAGUAAGAACACAAGAAGUGCAGCAGCCGCUCAGCAAAAGAUUUCCGAGAUGGAUACAGUGCCGAAUACGCCCCCUCCGGAAUCUCUGCCAGAUACGAUUCCUGUGACACCGGUUGAAAAACUCAAAUCCGUUUCUCCCGCCAAAAGCCCCAGGAAAUGUAGAAGUACCGAGUCGUUAUCUGAGAUGCUUCCAGCGACGGAAUCGGUGACCACACAAAUUGAAAAAUUAUCUCCUGUGUCACCAGUAAAAAGUCCUAAAAAAUGUAAAAGUCCUGAACCCUUGUCAAACAGCAAGGCGCCUUCUACAACGGAAUCUCCAAUAACUCAAAUUGAAAAAGCUAAGAUCGCAUCACCCAUCAAAAGUCCUCGGAAAGGUAAAAGAUCAGUUAGUCCUCAGCCAAUGGAGACCGAGCCUGUACCGGCGGAAUCUCCUAAGACAAUAAACGAAAACCCUCCCGUGUCUCCAAAUCUAUCACCUGUUCGAAACCUUGACGAUCAAAUGGAACCACUGACCAGGAACCUGAAUCGCAGUCUCGUCUCCUCGCCGGAAGGGGCGUACCAAGAUGAACGGGAAGCGGACCUUCUCAACAGUACCCUCAAUAUUUCCCCCAUCUCGGAAGAAAAAGGACCACCCGCUUCGACAACUCCUUCGUUGCAGGCGGCGGCAGCUACGAAAGAAUCCGGUAGUGGCGAAAAGCGCUUAUCAAGUCGGUUGAUGGAACGGGAAAAGUCGUCCACCGCCGUUAUGCCAUCGACUGUAACACGUCGAACUCGUAACUCACCUCCCAUGCCGGCUUCGAUGGCCAAUCUAAGGGGUCGUACACUCCAGUUGACACCUCGCAGCCCCAGCACUAACAAAAUCGAGCUUAGAGGUCGUGGAGCUCAACUGAUCAAUCUGAUUCGGAAUCAACAGAAUGAGGCUUCACCCAAACCAUCGGGACCAUCACCGCAGAACUCAUCUACUCCAAAACCAGCACCCUCUACUCCCAACGACCGAUGUCUGAUGAUGCGAAAAAUUGCCAGCGCAUCCAGCACCACCACCCCGAAUGCGCAAUCUCCUGAUCAACCGAAGCCACUCGACAAAGACAAAGAAAAAGGCUAUCUGGUCUUUUCGAAAGUCCUUCCAUCACCACAGGCUUCGCCGGCGGCCAGUAUUCUCAAACGAAAGCUUAAUCAAGAUGACAGUGGAGAUGAAAUAGAAUCUCCGGCCAACAAACGCAAACGGGUAAGCUUCCACGAUCCACCGGUUUCACUGACCAAAGAAUACAUCCGCCAGGAGGAAGAAUGUCGCUCUCCGUCAAUCAAUCGCUGUUUGCAGUUGGUUGGUAUGUCCCCGUCAGACAAAGCCAAAUUUCUGAUGCGCCGAAAGAGCAAAGCAGACAGCCUAUCCGAAUUGGUCAAGUUCACACGCGGCUCUGCGAAUCCUGCUGAUCUCGGUAAAGAUGGAGAUGGGGAAGAAGAAGAGAUCACCUCGUCACCAGAAUCUCUCGAUGGAGAUUUCAUGCUUAAUACGACUGAUAACAUGAGCACUCUACAGGUUACAUCCGACUCCGAUGCUAUACAAGCUGAUGCGGAGCUUAGAACUUCUUGUAGUCCGAAAGACGAGGCACAAUCAACGGCUCCAGCCUCUGAACAACCGAACGAACUGCCUAAAAGAACCUCGCCUAGAAAAAUAUCACCGAAAUCAGCAGUUGAAGAGUCACCCUUUAAAAAACCUACAUCACCUGUUUCAGAGAAAGCAUCCGCUGCCGUUGUGGUCUCGGAAAAACCAGAUAGCACAAUCCGUUUCCAAACGGAAGACGAAAUUCUUUCGCACGUGAUCUCCAGGUACUCACUAGACUUUGUUUUAGAGCGCUAUCUUAGCGCAGGAAAAACCUUCGAACAGAAUAAAACCGCCCGGCUGCUCACCCGAGAGCUGUCCACCCUGAUGAGUAAGGAUAGUAAAACUCGCUACACAGUGCUAGAUGAGCUUUCGGAGCGUCAUUCCGCUGAAUUUUUGGACCAUGCCGUACAGGAGAACUCCUCUGCUAUGGUCUGCCAGCGGUUGUCGAUGACCACAAUGACUGAGAACAUCUUUGAGCGAUUAAAGAAACUGUCCCGUGAGAUUAGUAAACGCGACGAGCAAGAGGAACGCAUUCGGAUCCUGAAGACCAUGUUUGACAAUUUGCUCGCGUUGGACGGGUACGGAACCGAAUUCCAUCAGAUGAAGGAGCGAUUCGUGAGAGCCGUGGUGCACACCAAGAGCCGACUGGAAGUUAUGGAACUAUUAGAGGAGUAUUUCGUUGGUAGCAGCAGCAAACAAACGACCAGCACGUGACGAGGUUUUACUAUCGCAAAAGAUUUUAGUUGUUUGCAUUUAUAUCUAGUAUAAGGCGUUCUAGUGUAGAGUCAGAUUUUUAUUUUGAGAAGUAUAGUAUCGUUUAUUUCACAAAACUAAAUUGUACUAUUUCCAUCAUGCUUUCACGUGAAUACUAGCACGAGUAGUAGUACCGAAUGUGUGUGUGUACGUCUGUUACAAUCAGGUGAUGCAAAUAUAAUUAACACAAGCAAGUAAAAUUUCCUUGUCUUCUCGAACAACAGCAAAAUAAUGUAUUUUGGGUCACCUAUAUAUUCUCAUUUUAAGCAACACAGAAGGUACAAAUGUUUGAUGAUAAAAAUUGUUUUAUUUGUUAAGUAUCGCCAGCUCUGGCCGAUUAAAAUAUCACAAAUAAAUAAAUGCAGGCUUGAAAUAAGCCAAUGUAUUUUGGAAA